AUGAAUUCCUCCAGCUUAGACACUCUUCCGGAGGAACUCAUCGACCGUAUAAUCAGCUUCACCAACAGUCGAGCCACUCUCCAUGCACUUUGUUUUGUCUCAAAAGAUAUCAACCGCAUUGCAACCGCGCACCUUUACACCACUAUUGCGCUCAACAAAGAGGACUUUCAGCACCUCCGCCCCCUAGCAUUUCUCCUCUGGACGUCUGAGAAGCACCGAAACGCCAUCCGAUCAUUUUCUGUGCGCCGCGCGUAUGGCGGCAAUCUUGAUCCUUGGCCGCAUCAUUCACACCUUGAGGAAAUUAUUCGGCGGCAAAUCAAGUUUGUGAGGGCGGAUGAGAGAGAGGUAGAAUGA